AUGAUUAGUUCAACCAAUGAUUAUUCUGUUUUAAAAUGGCCAUUAAUAAUUAUUAGUUUUUCUAUAACACUUUUAGCGUUAUUGAUUUUAUUAAGUUUUAAUUCACAUAAUUGGUACUCAUAUGAAUCAAUUCGUAUUCGUAGUAAAACAAUAAUAUUUAAUAAAACAAUGCAAUAUUCUGAUAUACUUGAAUAUGGUUCAUUUGGUUUAUGGUUUAUUUGUAUUCAUCAAGGUGAUAGUCCGACACAUCACUGUGACACAUGGACAUAUGAAACUCGACCUCAAUAUUUUAAUAUUAUCAUUAUACUAUCAACAUGUACAUUAUAUCUUGCUAAUUUAGCAAUUUUUCCAUCUUGGGCUUUAUUAAUACUUAUACUUUAUAAUAUAAAUAAUCGUUAUUUACAAUACAUGAAUGCUUUUAUUUGGACUAUCUUAGUUCUUUCUUUAUUAAUUACAUGUAUUCUUGGAGCAAUAUUGAUAAUUAAUGCAUACACAAAAUUUUAUUCACCAGGAAAAUUUUUUAUCGAAACAACAUAUAUAUCAUUUCAUUCCGAUCGAGGAAUAUCUUAUAUGGUUGCUGCAACAAUAUUAGCCAGCCUUUGUUUUCUCUUAAUCCUGAUAACAUUUGUAUGGAAAACAUUUUUGGAAAUGAAAAUGAUCGAAUCAGAAGGAGCACUUCUUAAACAAUUAUCUGAUGAACAUUUUCAACCAGGUUGGCAUAAACCUAUUAUGAUACCACGUUCUGCAACAUGGUUGGAUGAUAAUUAUGAAGAACCACCACCAUAUAAUUAUUUUGAUGAUGAAAACAAAUAA